CCAAUCUACACACACAGUCAGUAAUACAAAGAAGGUCGCGUGAAUGUUGUCUGAUAUGCAUAACGAAUUACAUCUGGGUGUUAGUAAGCAGUUUGUUCUGAAUCGCGUCAUCGCGCGAUAAUAACAAUUGUUAAUAUUAACGUUAAAUAAAGUGCUUAUUAUUUACGUGUUGGUGAAUUAAUGUAAAUAAAGUGAAGCAAAUUAGUGCAAAGUGUACGAACACGAGGACAGUGUGGACGGACGGCCCUUACAGGGCAUGGCGGCCACUACAUACCUCCCGGCCAGCAGUGCAGUUACAACUGAUCUAGAAGGAAACGUCGUUGGAAUGAAUAUUGUUGGAGGUUAUCAUUCUAGUGCCUCUCCGAGGUCUGCCGCCGACGCUAACGAGAUGAAAUACCUGCCGCAACAUCACCACAAUCACCAUCAUCAUAUGGCUAGUUCGCCCUCACCUAGCGGACAUACAGCUGUAUCGUUAUCGGCUAAUCCUUGGGUUAGUUUACAGCCGGGAGCGGAUCCGUGGACGGCGUCAAUGGCAGGUAUGCAUCAUGCGCACCAUCACCAUCACCAAGAUGUAAAACCCUUAACUCAACCCGCCGAUAUGAUGCAUCAUCAAAGACAACAGCAACAAAGCAUGGGAUCUCCACACGCUUGGCACGGACCCGUUUCAUCGGCACAUUAUAAUCCGGGUGGUGCCGGAUCUCCUCUUCAGCAAUAUCACGCCGCCAUGAACGGCAUGUUGGCCCAUCAUCAAGCCGCACCUCAACUACAUCACACUUUACAUAGAGAUAUGCAAAGUCCGCACCAUCCGCAACAUUCAGAAAGAGACGUUAGCGGAGGAGAGGACGAAACGCCUACGAGUGACGAUUUAGAAGCGUUCGCCAAACAAUUUAAACAAAGACGUAUAAAAUUGGGAUUCACGCAAGCCGAUGUCGGUCUAGCGUUAGGAACACUUUACGGUAAUGUUUUUUCGCAAACAACAAUAUGUAGGUUCGAAGCGUUGCAGCUUAGUUUCAAAAACAUGUGCAAACUCAAACCGCUUCUUCAAAAAUGGCUGGAGGAAGCGGACUCGACGACGGGCUCACCUACCUCCAUAGACAAAAUAGCGGCGCAAGGAAGGAAAAGAAAAAAACGCACUAGUAUAGAAGUUUCGGUAAAAGGUGCUCUAGAACAACACUUCCAUAAACAACCAAAACCCUCAGCUCAAGAAAUCACAGCACUGGCAGAUAGUCUACAAUUAGAAAAAGAAGUCGUUCGAGUUUGGUUCUGUAAUAGGAGGCAGAAAGAAAAGAGAAUGACUCCACCGAAUACGUUAGGUAACGAUAUGAUGGACGGAAUGCCGCCGGGUCAUAUGCAUCCCAGUUACGGUCACCACCAAGAUAUGCACGGCUCGCCGAUGGGUCAACACUCUCAUUCUCAUAGUCCACCAAUGUUAUCUCCCCAAAGUAUGGGCCAUCAAUUGACGGCUCACUAGCAUCCAGCCCACUGGGCCUCUUUGCUUCACAGUGACAACGGCUAGUGAUAGUACUACUUUUCGCCGGUAUCCGUCGGCUUUAUUAACGCUACCUCAAGCCAUGGUUGGAUUUGUUCGACAAAUCCCGCAUUCAAGUCGUUGAGGAGGUCCUAGUGGAAAAUGUACAACGUGGACGUCUGACUGUUAUUUAUAUAGUACACUGUACAGUGAGAGUGAGUACCUACUUUUAGACUAGAGGAAUCGCGAUUAUCCAGGGUUUUCGGAACAAUUGAUCUAUCCACUAACUAUCGACCACAAUCUUUUCAUCAAAACCGAUGAAACGUUAGGUAUUCACCUUAUUAUUAUUAUUAUUAUUAUUAUUAUUUAUGUUAGUACCUACAUAUUAUACAGAUACUUUUAUUAUUUCUAUUGAAAAUAUUUUCGAAAAGCCGAUUUUGUAAAUUAGAAUAUUUCGAAUUGAUAAAAAGUUUUUCGUUUAUUGUUGAAAAUAUAAUUUAAUUAAUUAUUACUCGUUAAUAUGAGUGGAACUCGUCGCGUAUACAGGAUAUGUCACAAUGAAAUUUAUCCCAAUGAUAAAAUGUUGGAAAAAAUGAAAAUGUGGUAGAUGAAUAUAUGUAUAAAAAAAUUGAAAAAUUACUAUCUAACGAUACGAAUUGAUUAUAUUAGAAAGUAAAAAAUUAUUACAGUUCGAAACAAGUCUAUAAUACGUACAGGAUAUGUCACAAUUAUGUUGAUCCCAUUGAAUACCAUUCACUUUACAUAGUAAAUUUAUUUUAUUGAAAAGUAUCAAGUUUAUAAAUACAUACAAAAUAUCAAAAAUAAAAAGUUAUUUAUAUUGAAUAUUUUUUGAAAAAUCCACCAUCUUAAUUAUGAAUGGAAGUUGCUUCAAAUUAUUUAGAAAUAAAAAAAAUCGAAAUCACCUCCGAAAAAAAUUGAAAUGAAUGUGUAAAACAUACAGUGUAUAUCACAAUUAAGUUGAAGUUGUUAAUAAAUAAUAUUUGGUCUUGAAUAUGAUCGAAUUUCAAUAAAAAUUUUAAAUGAUUUUACGAUGUUGAAAAUCUUUAUUCAUAUUAUUUGUAGAAAAAGUAAAAUAAAUGCGAAAAUACUCAAAAAAUAUUUAGAAUUUUAAUAGAGUUGAAAUCACCAGUAGAAUGAGUGUAAAAAAAUUUAAAAAAAUCCUGUUUUUUCGAGAUAAACUUCUUCUAUUGAGAACUGAACAUUCAUCUGGUUGAUAACCAGUUUAUAAGACGUACAGCAUAUGUCAAAAUUAAGUUACUAAAAAUUUAUCAAUGCUCCUGAUGAGCAUUGACUUUAUAUUAACAUACGUACUUAUAUAACGAAUAUUUUUUUAAAAUCCAUUUAAAUAUGAAUAAAAGUUGACUGUAUUUACAUAACAAGUGAAAAAACUGAGGUGAAAUUGGAAAAAUUAUGAUAAUUAGAGUUGUCUCUAAAUUAUUUCACAUUCCAAAAACUCUCCCGUACAAGAAUUUGAAUUACAAGUGGAAUAAUUGCAAAAAUUCGUAAAAGUUGUUGCUUUAGGAGGUGAAUCAUUUCUAUUGAUAACUAAAAAUUUAUUGAUGCUCAUGUUGAUGCCAUAAUACGGAAAUAAUUUGUCAAAAUUAACUUUAUACUAAUUUAAAUAUAAUUUAAAUCAAUCAAAUUGAAUAAUUCAACAAUUUCAAAAAUCUCCAAUAGAAUAAUUUGGAUAAUAAGUAAAAUAAUUACUAAAAAAUUGUGAAAUUGCAGCUCUUCGUGGUAAAUCAGUUCUAUUGACAUUUAAAAAUUUAUUAACGCUCAUGUUGAGUUUAAAGAACGCGAAUAAAUAGUCAAAAUUUACUUUAUAUACAUUCAAAUAUGAAUAUCAGUUAAAAAAUGAUAAGAACCAGAUUUGUUUUUCCAAAAUUGUUUCAUUCAUAUAAUUUUACAUUUUCAAAAGUCCUUAAUAUCAAAACUUAGAUAAUAAGUGAUAAAUCAAUUAUAUUGGCAAAGAAAAAUUUAUUAAUCCUCAUGGUGAGGCUAUGAACGUAAAGAAUUUUUCGAAAUUAACUUUAAUAUAAAGUUAAAUAUAAAUAAAAUUUGCUAACAAUCAUUCAGAAAAUGAUGAAAAUUAGAAUUUUUGUUUCUAAAUGAAUUCAAUUGAAUAAUUCCACAUUUUCAAAAAUCUCCAAUAGAAUAAUUUGGAUAAUAAGUAAAAUAAUUACUAAAAAAUUGUGAAAUUGCAGCUCUUCGUGGUAAAUCAGUUCUAUUGGCAACUAAAAAUUUAUUAAUCCUCAUGGUGAGGCUAUGACGUAAAGAAUUUUCCGAAAUUAACUUUAUAGCCAUCUAAAUAUGAAAAAAAGUUUGUUAUAAAUCAAUUAGAAAAUGAUAAAAAUUAGAAUUGUUAUUUCCAAAUGAUAUUAAUUAAAUAAUUCAAUAUUAACAAAAAUCCCCAAUAACAGAAAUUAAAUAAUAAAUAGGAAAAUUGGAUCUCUAUGUAAUAAAUUUACUUUAUAUACAUUCAAAUACAAAUAGGUUGUUCGAUAUCAGGUAGAAAAUGAUAAGAAUCAGAUUUGUUUCUCCAAAAUUGUUUCAUUGAAAUAAUUUCACAUUUUCAAAAGUCCUUUAUAUCAAAACGUAGAUAAUAAGUGAUCAAAAAAUGGGUAAAUUGCAUCUCUCCGUGAUAAAUCAGUUUUUAUCGGCUACUAAAAAUUUAUUAAUACUCAGGGUGAGUCUAUAAUUCGCAUAGGAUUUGUCAGAAUUAACUUUAUAAUAACAUAUCAGUUACAAAAUCAGAAUUUUCGUGGAAAAUAAUCUUAAAUUAAACAGUUUUACAUUUUUAAGAUUGUCCAUUGAUAGAAUUUAGAAUUUGAAAGUAGAAUAAACGCAAAAAAAUUACCGCUUGACACGUUAAAUUGUUUGAUUUAUAUUGAUAAUAUAUACGACUACUCCUAAUUCGUUUUCAAUAUAAAAUUAAUCAAAAUAAAUGUUUUAUUGGAACAAAGUCACAAAAGUUCAUAUUUUGUAUGUAAAAAUCGAAAAUAUUCUGCUGCAUAUGACUAAUUAUCAAAGUUGGUGACAUGAAAUUUGUUCAAAACUUGAAAAAUAUCAGUUUGCGAUCUACCACAUUGAGAAAAAUAUCUAUUUAAACUCAUUAAAAUUCAUUUCGGAAAAUUUCAGAUUUCCCACGACGCUCUCACCGUAAAAAAAAUUACACCAUAAAUUUUACUUAAACUAUAAAACGAUCUCAAAUGAAAAUAAAAGCGAUAAAAUUUCGAUAUAUCAUCUAACCUGUCCAUUCACAAUCUUAUUUGAAACAUUUAGAUACAUUUCCGAUUGAAUAAUGAUAAUUUAUUGAAAUUAACAUAAACAUUUUAAACGGUCUCUUCAAAUAAACAAUUACAGAUCUAUGAUUCCCAUUGAUUAAUUAUAAUGCAAAUGUUAUGGGUAUAAGAUAUAUUAUUAGCAUCAAAUGAACUAUUUCAUUUAAACAAAUAUUUACAACUUUAAAUAUUCGUUAUUAAAUAAUUCUUAUUUAAUGAUUUCAUAUAGAAAACAGUCUCUUUUUGAUUAUAAUAAGAAAAAAUGGUUAUCUAGUAUAUUUCUUUAAUAAUUUUCAGGGGAAUAUAAUCACUAUUUUUUAUUUUGAGCCUUGUUGAGCAAUUUUUUCUUUGAAUUUUCACAUCUACUUCUACAUCUAAUACAGAAUGGUCCAAACCAUCUGCCCUGUUCUUAAUCUGGGUUGUAGUUUCCUUUUUCAUUUCGUUUCUUAUUCCACCUGUAUACAUAAUUUCUUUGGUUAGUAUUUAACUUUGUCAUCGAAAAAUUUCUUUCUCCGAAAAAGCUACUUCGUUGAUUUUUUAAUUCGUUUUAUAUAUUUCCUAUUUUAAGUUCUUUUCUGGUUACACCAUCAUUAUUUUUGUCUUUUCCAUAUUUAUAUUUAUGUUUUCGAGUUAUUAAAUUAUGAUUUUAGCCAUACAAAAACAUAAUAAAAGCUUCUAUCCAUUUUUAUAUUCUACUUGUGUGUGCCAAAUUUUUGUUUUUACUUCUUCUAAUACAGAAUCCGUUAUCAUUAUUAUAAUAUUGUACCUGAUAGUCCUUCCUCCCUGUAUAAAUACUGUUUUCUAAUAAAGUAUUACAUUCAAAUCUAUCUUCAUUUAGUUUUCUGAAAACAAUGUCUUUUUGAUCAGCGAUAAACCCGAGAUACGCAUUUUAAUUAAAUGUAUUGAAAUUAUUUUCAACUUAGUUUUCUAAAAACGUUGCCGAAUGCUUUUUGAAACGCUAUAAACCUGAGAUUCACUUCUUAACGAAGUGUAUUUAACUCCAUCUCACCUUACUUGCCCAAAAACACUGUCGAAUGCUUUGUUAAUCGCCUCAAACUCGAUAUAUACUUUUUAGCGAAGUGUAUUUAACUCCAUCUCACCUUAGCUUCCUGAAAACACCGUCGAAUGCUUUAUGAAUCGCUUUAAACUCGAGAUAUACUUUUUACCGGAAUGUAUGUAACUCCAUCUUAUCUUAGUGGUCCAAAAACACUGUCGAAUGCUUUGUUAAUCGCUUUAAACUUGAUAUACACUUUUUAACGAAGUGUAUUUAACUCCACCUCAACUUAGCUUCCUGAAAACACCGUCGAAUGCUUUAUGAAUCGCUUUAAACUCGAGAUAUACUUUUUACUGGAAUGUAUGUAACUCCAUCUUAUCUUAGUUGCCCAAAAACACUGUCGAAUGCUUUGUUAAUCGCCUCAAACUCGAUAUAUACUUUUUAGCGAAGUGUAUUUAACUCCAUCUCACCUUAGCUUCCUGAAAACACCGUCGAAUGCUUUAUGAAUCGCUUUAAACUCGAGAUAUACUUUUUACUGAAAUGUAUGUAACUCCAUCUUAUCUUAAUGGUCCAAAAACACUGUCGAAUGCUUUGUUAAUCGCUUUAAACUUGAUAUACACUUUUUAACGAAGUGUAUUUGACUCUAUCUCACCUUAGCUUCCUGAAAACACCGUCGAAUGCUUUAUGAAUCGCUUUAAACUCGAGAUAUACUUUUUACUGAAAUGUAUGUAACUCCAUCUUAUCUUAGUGGUCCAAAAACACUGUCGAAUGCUUUGUUAAUCGCUUUAAACUUGAUAUACACUUAUUAACGAAGUGUAUUUGACUCUAUCUCACCUUAGCUUCCUGAAAACACCGUCGAAUGCUUUAUGAAUCGCUUUAAACUCGAGAUAUACUUUUUACUGAAAUGUAUGUAACUCCAUCUUAUCUUAAUGGUCCAAAAACACUGUCGAAUGCUUUGUUAAUCGCUUUAAACUUGAUAUACACUUUUUAACGAAGUGUAUUUAACUCCACCUUACCUUAGCUUCCUGAAAACACCGUCGAAUGCUUUAUGAAUCGCUUUAAACUCGAGAUAUACUUUUUACUGAAAUGUAUGUAACUCCAUCUUAUCUUAAUGGUCCAAAAACACUGUCGAAUGCUUUGUUAAUCGCUUUAAACUUGAUAUACACUUUUUAACGAAGUGUAUUUGACUCUAUCUCACCUUAGCUUCCUGAAAACACCGUCGAAUGCUUUAUGAAUCGCUUUAAACUCGAGAUAUACUUUUUACUGUAAUGUAUGUAACUCCAUCUUAUCUUAAUGGUCCAAAAACACUGUCGAAUGAUUUGUUAAUCGCUUUAAACUUGAUAUACACUUUUUAACGAAGUGUAUUUAACUCCACCUCACCUUAGCUUUCUGAAAACACCGUCGAAUGCUUUGUUAAUCGCUACAAACUCGAUAUACACUUUUUAACGAAGUGUAUUUAACUUCAUCUUACCUUAGCUUUUAAAAAACAGUGUCGAAUGCUUUUUGAAUAGCUGUAAACACUUUUUAAAUGUUUUCUUUUAUCUAUAUAAGAGUGAAUAUAUGGUUUUGUUUACUUUUUUCUUUUGAGAAAUUACUUUGUGGUUCAUAUUUAUAUGAAAUCGAUUUAUAUAAUUUUCCUCAGUCGAUUUUUUGAGAGUCUCGAAUUAAUUUCAAUUUAUAAUUUGAUUACUAUCAUUAGCCAAUUGAAAUUUUAUGGUUAAUAGUAGAAAAUACCUGCGUAGUUAUUGUUAAUUAAUAGUAAUUAAUAAAACUCAACAAAUCGAACUAAAUAUGGGCAGUGAAUUAUUUUUCUUUUUUACUUCAAAAAAGGAUACCCCCUUUGUCUUUAUUUUGUUUCAUUUUUUACGUAUUUUAUAUCUUUAAUAAUUUUGAAUGUUUGUUGUCAUUUUAUGAAAAAGAUUCUGCAUAUUUUGGAAAUCUAAAACACAAUAAUCAAAUAUCAAUUUUUUCAUAUACAGUGUUCGUGAAAAAAUAUACGUCAAUAUUAAUAAUGACGAAAUAAUAUGAUUUAAUUUUCUAUCUAAAUGGAUUUAGUUGCGUAUUUAAAUGUUUGAUAAUGAAGCAGCUCUAAAUCUAGAUAUAGAGAAUUCAAUUUGGCUGAGUUUAGAGCCACUCAAACUCCGAUAGGGCAGAUUCUGCAGUAGCAAAAUUUUUAUUUUGACAUACCUCGUAUACGAGUAAAAAAAAUUAAUAUCUGAUAAUUUGGUUAUAUAUUUAAAAAGCUGAAGUUUUCUAAAAUAUUCCAUACUGUAAACUUUUGAAAUUGAUUCUGUUUACAAGUUGCAAAAGGACUCAUUGGAUAAGAAUACCACUUCUCAAUGAGUUCCAGUUUUUCAGUUUAUUGCAUUCUUUAUACUUUUACACAUUUCUUUGCUUUGUUAUGUAAUUUUUUGCCUUUUCAAUAGCACCCAAGUCACGCAUCUAAAAAUUCAGUAUCACGUUAUAAAUUCUGUUUAAAACAUACGUUUAUAUUUUCUUUUCUGAACGAUCUUUCGAAACUUUUUCAUAAAAUAAUAAUUUUUAAUUUGAUCUUUUUUUAUUGUUUUCUUACACAAAUUUUGAAAAACGUUGAAGGUCUGUAAAAAAUAUCAUAUCUUAACCCUUCAUGCAUUUUCUUUUAACUCCAACAACUCAGAUAAUAUACAGUCUAACUCAGAAUUUGUCAUUUCAGUUUAAAAACCAAUAUAUACACAUCUUGAAUUCAAAAUUUUUUUAUUUUAAAUAACUGAACUGUUUUGAUUCAUAUAUAUAUAUAUAUAUAUAUAUAUAUAUAUAUAUAUAUAUAUAUAUAUAUAUAUAUAUAUAUAUAAGAUAAUCGUAGCACCACCUGUCGAGAUAAAAAUUAAUUAAAUAAACAUUAUCCAUUGGACCGAAUUUUGAAUUUAAACUAUUCUCAAAUCCUCUGGAUUAGACACAAAAAAUUUCAUUAAAAUCAGUUCAGCCGUUUAGAGGAUUUUAGUCACAUACACACGCAUAUUUAUUUAUUUAUUUAUGUGUAUAAAAAACAACAAUAUUCAGGGAAUCAUCUUGACAAUUCUAUUUUGAAAAUACGUAUUUUAUUAGAAAAUUUUUUUUAUUCCUCACAAUUUCAAAUAGUACGUAAUAACUUAUACCCAAAAUCAUUUUUUUCCUUAAUUUCUAAUUUCUAAUUGUUCUUUAUUUUAGAUCUCUUCUGAUUUAAAAUUAGUUUCUUUUAUAAUUUUUUAAAGACAAAUGAAAAUUUGACGUUUCCUCUUCUUUUAGUCUUUAUCAAAAUAUUUUUAUCUGGAACUGGAAUUUCUGGAACCGUUGGCAAUAUUCAUACAAAAUACGCUGUUUAGUCACUCACGUUUCGAUAACCAAGUUAUCGUCUUCAGAGACUGGAGGUAAACUAUACGGUUUCUGAAGACGGUAACUUGGUUAUCGAAACGCGCAUUCGCAUUUUCAAACCUAAUCAACAAAUACAUGACCUUUCGUUCGUUCUUGUAUGUCCACUUGAUUUUUGAAAGUUAACCUUUUGGUAUCAUGUUUCAAAUUUGUUUUAAGAAUGUUUAGUUCAGUAACAGAGCAAGUUACUUCGAUUUUUCGAAUAGUUUCAAGGAUUUUUCAAUGGUUGAUCAACCUACCAAAUCCGUUUUAACCACAAAGUUGACUUAAGCACUCAUCAGUAAAAUCCUGAACAAUUUUCGAUGAUUUCGCACUCUACAAUAGAGUGCAAAGUAGAAACGAAAUUAAAAAGUAUCAUAUGGGAAACAAAAACUUGCUGUGGGGAAACAAGAAGACCAUGGGAGGAUGCAGUGGUGAGAGAACGUGGACUAAAUUAACAGGGGAUAAAGCUAGAGAAUGAAAACGAAAAGUGAAAAGAUACUUUAAAAGUUUCUUCAAAGAUGUUUUUUAUUUGGUUCAUAGUAGCAUUUCGAAUAGCACGGUGCUUAACCUGGGAGGUAGGAAUAUAGAUCAAAACUCUUAGCGACCAAAAAUACGGAAGUUAUAUUAAAAAUUUGGCAAAUAAAUAAGUAUGUUGUUUAUUUGAGAAUGAGUGCAAUUUUCACUGUGAUAUCAAACACCAUUCCGUUAUUAAUUAUUUAAAAUACUAUAAAAGUCUAUAAUCGAAUUCAUUUUCAAGAAAUAUUCCUAUCAAAACUUAUGGUGUAUAAACAAAAUCAUGAUUAUAUUUAUAUGGUGUCAAUUAUUGAAACUUCGUGAAACUUGAAAAUGAUCUCAAGAUAUUACAUCGAGGAUGGUAGAAAUUCAUCCAUCGAUAUCAAUAAAGUUGAAAUAAAAAUCAUCAAAAAAAACUCAAAUAUAUAAAAAGGAAAUUUUUUCCGUGUGUAAUUUCAAUUUUGAAAUAUUCUAAUAGUUUCUAAAAACUAGUCACUUUAACGUAUUUAUAUAUAUAUAUAUAUAUAUAUAUAUAUAUAUAAUACAGGGACUGCAAACAGUCAACCACUUCGAACUAACAACAAUGUUUAUCUUUUGUAGUUGAUUUUGUAGGAUUGUGGUCGAUAUCUAUUUGUGAUUCGUUCUCCGAAUUGUUCCUAAAUCCAUUAUUAUGUAAAUGUAUAUUUGUUGUAAAUAAACAGAGUGAUAAAGUUGCCCAAAACCUAGCAGCUAUGUAUUAUAAUUAUAGGUAAAGCUGCUAUGUUGUAAAUAUGAAGAAAAAAAUUUAACUACCGGUCCAACAAUAGACAAAAAAAUCGUGAUUUAUACCUAAACACACCGAAAUGGUUGACGAUAAAUAUAAAAUUAAUAUUAUAAGUUUUUAAUGUACAGAUUGUCCUGUUUAAAUGGAAGUUUUUGAUGACAACCGAUAAUUGGUAUUGCGACAUCCGGUGAACAAUAUGUGAUGCUUAUUACCAUCAAAACUGCCAACUAAUUCUAAUAAUACUUUGAAUAAUUAUAAAUAUUAAUUUUCAAUGUGAUCCAUGGUUUCUUUCAAAUUUCCAUUUGCUUUAACACAUUGACUAAUAUCUUUAGUUGUUAGGCGCUAUUUUAUUUUAUUAUUGACCAAUAUUGCAACCAGAUUCAUGUUGAUUAAAAGAUUAAAAGGUAAAAGAAUCUUCCACCAUCGAUAUAAUGGAAGAGGUAAUUUCGUUGCUACGGUAUGUUUCAAGUUGAGCAAUCUAAGGAAUUACCACAUUCAAAAUGACCGCCGUGGGGUAAACAAAUAUUUUUGCCCUAAAGUUUCAGACUUAUUGACAGCUUAUUAUUUAUUUAGCUUUAAUGCAAAAUGGUUUCUUAAAGGUUGCUACUUAAAGAAGUGUAAAAUCUCUUCCAGAAAACGUGGCUUUGUUGAUUUUUUUUUCGACUGUGUACUGUUGUGCUUGAACUUGAACGCCAAAGUGUGAAUUAAUGUCCAAAUGAAAUAAAAACACAUAAUAAAAAGAAUUGUUCCAAAUUUUGUAAAUUUCUUGAAAGCUUACUUACAGACUGACUAAAAAACUGCAAACUUACAGCGUUUUAGCUGUAUUAGUUUCACUGAAACAGACCUAAAAAGUAUCUAUGGCAACCUCACAACAAAAAACAAGACAAAACAACUCACACUACCGAAAAAAAGUCAAGAAAAGCUAACCCGCGUUACUAGGAAAUCGAUUGUUCACCCCACGGCCGCCAUUUUGACGUAUAUCCGCUGUUUUCUUAGAAUGUUUAAUGAGACACUUGGGAGCAAGCAACUAGGGCAACUUCGGUGCGUAGGUUACAGAUUAGGAUCGUAGAUAAUUUAAAAAAUAUAUAAGACUAAACAAGAAGACAAGUACCUAUCAGUUAAUUUGUUUUGAAACUUUUUGAUUUGAUGGUGGUUUUGACAGAUACAUUUCCUUAUAUAUACUACAUAUAUGAUCUGCCAAUCUGCGAUUUGCAAUCCAUGUCGAAAUUUAUGUGAUAAAGGAAAUGACAAUAUAAAAAAAAUAUUUAAAAGUCGUACUUUUGUUUUAACGUUUUUAAGUGCGAGAUGGUUGUGACUCUGAUUUCACCACACAAAUUGACGCUUUACAUGUUCCUUUUCCUGUGCAUCUAUACGUUAUUGACUUUUUUCUUAGCAAAAUAAAUAUAAAUUCCAUGAUGCAUACUCCAAAAAUGUCUUCAGCUCAAUAUGCAAAGGCGAGGAAGUUUUUUGUACCCAUUUUAUUCGUAGUACGCGUGUUUCCUUAAUCUUGAAGAAGCGUCUGUCCUGUACCCUUUAAAGAUUUGUUAAGGAGAAGCUCCACAAACCCAACAAAGUAGAUAUUUGUUUUACUGGUGGUAGAUGGAGCUCGAUAUGUUUCAAAGAUUUCAUCUGCUCUUUUGCUACUUUCCCAGUUGUUCUUAACUCUCUCACUGUCGAACUUGUGAGUUUUCUGGACGAAAACUAAUUUCCUGAGUCUUGCUUAUAGCUAACUUCACACAACUAAGAUACCUGAUGGUCACACGGAGUGCAAAAAUGCAUGAAAAGUCGGCUGUUGUUUGAAACUGCGCUCCUAAUAUUUGUCUAAAUAUUGUCAAUAAUUUUUGACUAACUUGCGUGACUCUAAAAUUUUAUUUCGACGUAUCUUCUUACCUUAUAUUUCUUCUUUUAUCUCCUUCAUGGUAAUCUGUAAACAAUUUUGGUAACCAUCUUGUACAAAAUUUUAAACGAAAAGUCCUUGAAAUUUGUGGAAAACUCAACUGAAACCCAGCUAAUGUCUAAAAAACAAUUUUCAUUAACUUUAAAGACCGUCGAAAUGGUCAGAUCGCUGAGAAAGUUUCUUCACUUUACAUAUUUAAUUGAGUUGGAAAUUCUUGAGCUAACAGACACUGAACAUAAACAUCAAUCUCAAAUUGUGAGUGUUAGUAUAGUGGAAGAAAAAAUAGUGUGUUCAGUACAUAUUUACCGAUAAACUGGAAGGAUUUUUAAUUGCAGCGCACAUUUUGAAUGCGAAUAUCUAACAAAUGGGCAGUUUGGUUAGGUUGUUUUUUUGGAAUCCCGCGACCACAGAUAUCAAAAUAUAUGAAAUCAGCGCGUGACCAGGUAACGAACUUUUUGAAUGGUCCUCGUAGGUUUAUGAACGGGUAGAGGUUGCUGCAGGGUAGAUCUGUAGAAUGGGUAAUUGUAAAUACUGUAUGCACAUCGAAAUCUAACGUCAGACUGUUGGUUUUUUGGUCACUAUGUAGCAGUUGAAAAUAGAGUUUAUUUUUGGUCAAUAAUAAGCUUUCUAAUAGACACAUAUUUAUAUAAAAUUCUCUCCCUUUUUAUAAGCAAUUUUACGAAUAUAAUUGUCUUGAACAAGUGAGGUUAUGUUUUUAGGUUAUUUCUAUGAGGUUGGUACAAUUUAAAAAGAAUUUUUUCCACUAAUUUGCAUUGUUGUCUGAAGAAUUAGUGCGAUUUCUGGAAUCAAUUCCAAAAACUUUAGAUCUUUAGAUCAAUAUCAUGAUAAAAAAUUGCAUUUAUUCUAUAUUUAUUACAAAAUGGACAUUGUGGCAGUUUUUUUGGUAUAAACGCAAUUCAUAUUUCAUAUAAUUAAAAGAAAAUAAAUCAGCAUCGUUUGUUAUUGAAAUAUUUCCGUAAAAUUGUUUUUGUGUUGUUAUAAUUUUAAAUUCGAGUGUCGUUUUAUAAACAACAGUCACAUACAGAGCGUUUGCGUAACCUACCUAAUGUACUUUUUGUAAAAUUAACAAAAAAAAUGAAAGAAAAUAAUUAAUGGUUGUCAUACACGUUGUGAUUCGCCGGAAAGCUUUAUCUGCGGUAAACCGUAGCGUGUAUUACUUACCUAACUUGUUACUACGGUUCCUAUACAAGAAAUUGAUUUAUGUACAAUUGAUUUAAACACUUUAUAUAUGACUGUUGACAUUUUCUACAAUCCGUACUGUAGUUACGAAAAAAAAAAUGAUCCAAGGAUUUAUUUCAUGUGUAUAUUAAUUAUAUAUCGUUGUACGGUGUGACAUUAAAUCGAUUUUCGUUUUUAAAAAAAAUUUUGUAGUUUUUCUCAUCUUCUACCUCAACACCUUAUACAAUAAUAUAUUUGGGGUGAUAGAAACCUGAUGAGAAAUCGAAUGGAAUCUUGUUUAUUAUAUGUGAUAUACCGUAGAAAGUUUUUUGGUCCUUCGAGCCGGAAAUAUACGAUAUUCGGUAUUUUAUUUAAUUAUAUUAGAAUUAAUUGUGGAAGUUUUGGGUCUACAUACGUUUAAAUUCAUUGUGAAUUCGGUUUUCGAAUCGAAAACUUCAUUUUUUGCAAUUAUUUUUUAGUGUUGGUCGCAAUUUUGUAAAAUAAUUUUUGUAUGUAGUAUAAUGUUUUUAUUUAACUUCCGAUUUUCAUUAUUUCGAUUUGUUAUAUAUAAUGUGUCGCAUUUAAUAUAAAAACAACCCUCUAUUUUCAAUAGUUUGAACAUUUUUAUAUAUUUUUGAAGAUACUGAAAAUUUAUUAUUUCGAAUUGUUCAGUUUAUUAUUUACUUGAUAUUCAGCGAGCCGUGAAUUGUCAUAUUUUUACAUGAGGGUUAAAUGUCGAGGAAGUUACUCAAUUCACUAUCCAGAGUAAUUCCAUUACCUGUGGGAAUACAGUUGUAAUAGAUGUUUCUUUUAAUGAAACUGAUAUUAUUAGUUGUUAUUAAAAUCAAACAUAAUGUUCAUUCUAUAAGAUCCACAAAGAUUUUUUAGGAUGCAACAAGCAUUUGCAUGCCUUCUUUAUAGAAUGUUUUUUAAGCUCGUCAUCAUUGUUAAAGUGUUUACCACCAGGAAAGGAAAUAUUUUAGGUGAAUAGUGACGCCCACGUAGUGCAAGUGUCUUGAUUGUUAAGUUUCCUGGUCAUUUGGUUCAACUUUCCUUGCAUUUCGACAAUGAAUCAUAGAUCUGCAUUUUUAAUUCCAUCAUAAAUAAGCGUAACAAAGAAGACGUCGGCGUCUGCGAUCUGAAAAUCGUAAUUUUCUUCUGCUUGAAUCAGAGUAACUGCCACGCAUGCACGGUAGUGGUGAUGCUGUUGCUUAUGGAAAUAGAAACGGAAUUUACAUACAAGAUAGACCUCAACAUUUGAUAAAGCGCGGCAGCUACUGAUUAUAAAACGGAUUUACGGUAGGAACAGGUCUCUAGCAUUUUAUCUCUCGGCAAAUAUUCGAGACUUUUUUCCUGACCGAAAAUUUCGGGGCGAGCCUUGAGAAGUUUUGUUAAAAACGAAUUAACUCAUCUCAUCUUCUAACUUUGGGCUUUUUCUUCUACGAUAAAUCAACCUACUAAAAAUUCAAAAACACUUUUGUACUGGCUCUUGUCUUCGGUUAGAAUUUUUGGCAUAACGGGACGAUUGGAAUAUGAUAUUUUUAGAUCUUCCUGUCACCAAUUGAAUAAACUCUGAUGUACCCGCGGGUAGUUACGGUCCUGUCCAUAAUCUUGUAUUAGUGUGUGAAAAGUGAAAUUUGAAAAUUUUGAGAUAUAUGGAGAUGCCUCUGUAUCUUAUGGUGGAUCCAUACAAUAUAGACUUCCAUAAAAAUCUAUAGAAUUCUGUCUGUGCAAACUAGACAGUACAGACAAAUGUCGGUAGGAUUCAAAAGUCGGAUUACGCAUGUAAAUCUGCGGAUUUAUCGUAGCUAAGAAAUUUAAAUUGUAUUUUCGAAUGAAAAGUCUGUACAGACAUUCUAUUGAAAUGUUUGAGUGAAUUUUUUUAAUCCGAUUUCAUAGUCUGUACAUAUAUUUGUAGUCUGUAUCGUGUGGACCCCCUAUUAAACUCGACACAACUUUUUUUGUAGCGAAAAAAAAUUAGUAAAUUUGCGCAGAUAACAGUUUUAAGGAACAGACACAUUAUUAUUUAUUAAAUAUUAAAAAAUUUGUCUACUUUAUGAUUCUACGAUUUUUUAAAAUGGAUAAUUGAUGCAAAACAAUAUCGAUUUUGAUAUAAAUUAAAAAUUUAAUGAGAAAAUCAUAAAUUCACACUGAUUCAACAAUAUUUUUUUAUUUAAAUAACCUUGAGUUGAUGUUAAUUAUAAUAACCCGCAUUUUUAUCAGACUAUUCAUAAGAAAAAUAUAUAUUUUGGAUGCUAAUUUGAUGAAAACAAUGUUUCUGUGUAUGAAUCUUUAUGAAAUUUAUUCUUAAGGUACUCAGGAACCAAUAUUUAGUAAACUUUUUCUCAUUCAUAACUUCUAAUAACUCAUUUUGAUCUUGAAAACAGCUUCAUACGAUUCUUAUGGAGUGAUUAAAAACUUAAAGAAUAAUUUUCACAGUUUUUCAAUCAGAUAUUCAUAUAGAAUCAAGUUUUUCUACAAAAACAAGGAUGGUUGAAGUUUUAAAACUUUUUUUAUGGAAGAACAAAAUGUGUCAAACAUAUUGUCUAUCUUUCAAUCAUUGUACUCCAAUUCCUCAAUGGAUAACACUGUUUUUAAAACAAUUGUACUCUCAAAAAUUUAUUAAUGAUAUCGAAAAAAUGUGCUUGAACCAAUUGUCGUAGACUUUUUCCCAUUCUGAUUGAAGCACCUCCAAAACGUGAUUUGAACUCAUCGACCGCAUCUUCAGGUGUAGAAAAACGUCGACCUCGCAAUUUAUUUUUCAUCUGCGGAAAAAAGAAAAAAUCAUUAGGUGUCAAAUAAGGACUGUACGGCGGAUGACUAAUCAAUUCGAUGUUUUGACUAUACAAAAAUGUUUUUAAUUGAAUUGAUGUGUGAGAGCUGACAUUGUCGAGGUGGAGAAUGAUUCGACGAGUGAAACCAAUGUCUAAGUACGCCUCAAUCUCAUGGUAUGUCAUACGACCAUCUUGCAAUAUUAGUUUCUGGCACAAUAACCGAUUUUGAACGACCCACAUAAAGUUCAUCCUGAAGCGAGGUAUGACCACGAUUGAAUUCUGAAAACCAACGAUGGUUGGAGACAGUGCUUCAUAACCAAAA